UCUGCAAAAAGGUAUUUGCACGUCUGCAGGAUCUGAAGGAUCACACUCACAUGUGACGUGAUUUUUUGCAUUCCAGCAAUGUGUGCCACAAAACACUCACUUCCAGUUCUCAUGUGAAGAUGUCCUUGCGUGUGCACUCUGGAGAACGCCCCUACAGCUGUGGCGUUUGCAACAAGUCAUUUACACGUACUGUCCCCGUUGGCGUGGAGGGCAACAAAGGCACUGGUGCCAGUGGCUGUUUGGUUACCAAAGUUACCCUGCCUGGAGCAGCAGGCAAGGGUGCUAUCUGCAAAAAGACGUUCCCACAGCGGCAGCACCCGAAAGAUCAAAACCACGGGGACAGUCAUGAAUUUCCGCAUUCCUGUAAUGUGUGUCACAAGACAUUCACAAGGAGUAACUCUUUAAAGACACACUUCCGCCUGCACACUGGUGAGCGCCCAUACAGCUGUGACUUGUGUCACAAGAGAUUCAAGAGAAGCAGCAUUCUGAAGGAUCACAUACGUGUUCACACAGGUGACCGUCCCUGCACUUGUGGUGUGUGUGGCAAAUCAUUCAGUAAGGAUAGUGACCUGAGGAGACAUAUGACUGUGCACACUGGUGAACGACCAUACAGAUGUAGCAUUUGCAAGAAGACGUUUUCACAAAGUAGCACACUAAAGCACCAUUCAUUGCUGCACACUGGCGAGCGCCCGUUCAGCUGCGACAUUUGCAAAAAGACAUUCACACAAAGUACUCACCUGAAGCAGCAUUCACUGCUGCAUGCUAACGAUAGUCCCCACAGCUGCGAUUUGUGCCACAAGCGAUUCACAACCAGCAGCAUCCUGAAGGAUCACUUACGGGUGCACACAGGCGAGCGUCCCUUCACUUGUAACGUGUGCAGCAAAUCAUUCAGGAAAGAUGGUGACCUGAGAAGGCAUAUGAGUGUGCACACUGGUAAGCGCCCAUACGUCUGUAGCGUUUGCAAUAAGACAUUUGCACAAAGUAGCACACUCAAGCAUCACACAUUAUUGCACACAGGUGAGCGCCCAUACAGCUGUGACGUUUGUAACAAGACGUUCACUCAAAGUAGUACACUGAAUCAGCACAUGGGGUUGCACACUGGUGAGCGCCCGUACAGCUGUAACAUUUGCAAAAAGACUUUCACACUCCGUAGCACUCUGAAGCAACAUUUUCGGCUGCACACUGGCGAGCACCCAUACAGCUGUGGCAUUUGCAGCAAGACAUUCACACACAGAAGCUGCCUGAAGAGGCAUUCAGAGAAGCACAGUCAUUAAUGCCCAUAUAGCUGUAGUGUUUGCCAUAAGAGAUUCAAGGGCAUCAGUGUCCUGAAGGAGCAUUUACAUAUACACACUGGCAACUAAUCCUUCAGAUGUGGCAUGUGUGGCAAGUUAUACAGGUGUCGGAAGGAUGAGGCACAACACCUGGCAUGACUCGCUGAUUAACACCAGUAGAACUGUGGCAUUCAUGACAAGUUAUUGACACAAAAUGGUACACCUUCAAAUAACCAUGUAUCUGGGGUGUUCAUACAGGAAAAUCAGCUUAUUAGUUGUUGGUGAGUGUUCCACAUUGUAUGGCAGUGGUCCAUGAAACUUUUCAAAUCCUAACAUUUUGUCCAGUUGUAGUGAAUCUUGCCAACCAAAAGUAAGACUCAGUUUAAUCAGCAGCACAUCUGAAGAUGUCAAGUACUGCUGUGGACGAAACAUUGGGAAUGAGAAAGUUUCACGGACCGCUGCCACACAAUCAGGAAGAGGGUUCAGGAACUAAGCUAUCUAGUCAUUAGAGCUUUCAUUGUAAAAUCAUCAUAUUGCAGCAACUUGUUUCACAGGACAUUUGAGAGUAGCAGUCGCUUUAAAAUCUACAUAAAAUCACCCACAUGACAUUUUUGCUGUCAGACAUAAGUCUGACAAGAAAGAGGUCUUAGGGGAUAAUAUUUCAAC